AUGGACAAAUUCAUUGAUAUGCGUGAUUUGAAUGAAAUAAGAGCUGAUUAUGAAAGUGAUGAGCAUUGGAAGUUACGCCGCAUGUUUAUUGAACGACACAUGAUGGAGUAUCCAAGAAAUCGUCUUCUCUGUCUUGCCCAAAUUUUUUGUAAUGUUAAUUUGCUUGGUUGUACGUAUGACAAGGAUUUGAUGAAUACAGUGAAGGAAAUGGGAGCAGGAUUAAUGGAGGAAAUAUUGCAGAUCAAAACAGAGAUGAUUUUCAAUGUGCUCAAAAAAAGAAGAAUUCACUUUCAGAGCUUUGGGUUAAUGAGGGCACAGUUAUCUAUACUCGAAAAGAAAGAUGAUCCUUUAAUAUUACUCAAUCGCCUAACAUCUCGAUUAAAAUAUAAGUGGGAAGUAAAGUAUAUGGAGAUCGGUAAAUCAAUCCUUUUCGUGAAUAACGUUAAUAUUUUGGAAGGAAUUUUUCCGCCAUGGACUGAUUACAAUGUUAAGAAUUUUGUUGCUGCAGCCGCUUUAGCUGUCUUGUCAAGGGAGAAUGCAGAAGUACAAUUAAAAGAUAAGACAUAUGAAUUAUGGAGCACCAAUGAAAGUCCAUCAGAUUCUUACAUGUCCUAUCUUGUUCGUGAAUUGAAAAAAGCUGUGAAGGUGAUGCCUAAGAAUGGAAGUCCAUUUGAAAGAUUAGGCAUUGGUCUUCAAACCGUGCGAAUGACCUUAAAAUAUAGCGCUGAACGAGGAACUGGAUGGGAACAAAGAAUAACGAUAAGCGCACUUAAUGUUGAGUUGGCAAGUGCUGUUUUACGGAAAGGUGAUUGCACUAGGAAUCGAGAGAGGGAGCGAAAAGAAAACUUGGCUGCAGCAAUCAUUCAAAAACUCGCCUCUGAUUUUCGACUCAUACCAAAUGAGACUAAAUAUAUGCUCAAUUAA